CAGUGUACACUGUGCGCAACAAACACCUUCAUUCGUACAAAAGCGAGACAUGCAUCUGUAGCGUCAUACUUGCCUGAGCAAUGCUUUUCAGAAAGAUUUGCGUUCUGGCGAUCCUGCUUACGGGAGCACUGGCCGGUCUGAUCAACAAUCAGCGAGCAAAAGGAUUCGGGAAAUGUGCCAGAAUAUGCACAGAUACAUCCAAAUUCAAAUACGUUCCCGGGACGACGUAUGUGUUCGAUUACAACGUUCAAACGCAGACGUCCAUGGAGGGAGCUACAAGCGAUCGAGCGUGUCUUGGUUUCCGGGCAACUGCUGACAUCGAGGUGCUGUCGAAAUGCGAAAUGGCUCUUAGGCUCCGCGAUGUCAAAGUGUACCGAUCUGACACCUCCUCUAACCCAAUGGAAAAUGUUGACGAAACUGGGGAAUUCAAGAGGAAUCUGGAACGAUCUCCACUUCGAUUCUCUUUCCAAGAUGGCGUGGUAGAGGAGCUGUGUCCAGCUGAGGGUGAAACCACGUGGGUUCUCAACAUCAAGAGAGGUCUUCUCACUGCUGUCCAGAACAGUAUGGAUAACCUGGAUGGAGAUCAGAGCGUCUUUGAACGUGAUGUCACGGGUGAAUGUCAUACCGACUACAAAGUGAUUCGAGGCUGGUUUUCUACCACAAUAAAAAAAACAAAAGAUCUCCUUGGUUGCACUGAUCGUAAUGGUUAUCACAGUUCCAUCCAUGGCAUGCAGUACAGAGUUCCUUCAGAGAUCCAGUCUCUGCCCCUCAUGAAGAGUACACACGAAUGUGAACAGGAACUGGACAAGAAUGGACUCCUCAAGAGUGCGCUCAUCCGGGAGACCCACACAUUCAGACCUUUCUCCAGGGCCACCAGCGGUGCCACCACCAAAGUCCUUCAGAAACUUAACUACAAGACUCAGAGAUCUGGUGUUACCACAAGACAAGAUUACAUAAGGAAUCGGGCAGAAGUUGUGUUUGAACAUGCCUUUGGCCAAGGAAACAAAGACCAACCAAUGAGAGAUGUUGAGAGUAAACUGCGAGAGAUCUGUCAGAAUACACGCGAGGAUAUCCGCCCCGACACCGCACGCUUAUUCUCUGAGCUUGUCUACAUCAUCAAAAACCUGCAUGGUGAUGACAUGAGAAGUGUCUACCAGCAAGUUAAAUCUGGGGUUAUCUGCACUGAAAACAGCGAGAGAGUCAAGAGUAUCUUCCUGGACUCAAUACCGAUGGCCAGCACAAGUGCAUCUGUUGCAUUCUUAAAAGACAUUCUGCUGAAAAGAGAAGUCACUGGUGCACAGGCAACCAUGUGGAUCACAUCCCUGUCUCUCAUACACUACCCAACACUGAAGAUGUUGCAGGACGUAAAAGCACUUCUUGGCACACCACAGUACAGCAAGGUGGCCAUGCUUCCUAUCUCCACUAUGGUCAACAACUAUUGCAACCAUCAUGAAGCGUGUUCUGAGGAAUCCACUAUCACACAUAUCAUCUCUACAAUGGAGAAGACCAUUGGUUAUGGCUGCUACAUCAGAGAUUCUAAUCUGGAGACUAGUCUUGUGGCACUUCGUGCUCUCGGAAAUGCAGGCCAUGUGGACAGACUGACCACUACGCUUGGCAGCUGCUUUAACAGACAAGCCAACCCAAUGGAGGUCCGAGUAGCUGCCAUCCAAGCCUACAGAAGACUACCAUGUACUGCCGAUAGAAGUGAAGUAAUGACCAUCUACCAAGAUUCUGAUGAGGACUCCGAGCUGAGAAUUGCUGCCUACUUGGCUGUCAUGCAGUGUCCAUCUGAAGACGCCCUCUGCAGUAUUCAAAGAACUCUCGAGUCUGAGAUAGCGAAUGAAGUUGGGUCCUUUGUCUGGUCUCAUCUGACCAACCUGAUGGAAACAUCCAGUCCACAGAAACAGACCAUCAGGCGAAUUCUGCAGGACAAAACCCUUGGAAUGAAUUGCGACCUCUCAAGACUGAAACAUUCACGCAACUAUGAAGGUUCCAUCUUCAUAGAUAAGUUCAACGUUGGUGCCAUGCUCGAGAGUAAUGUCAUCUUUUCAGAUAAGUCCGUCAUUCCUCGUUCUGCAGUGUUCAACAUGACAGUAGAUCUCUUUGGCAACUCUCUCAAUCUCUUUGAGCUGGGUGGACGUAUGGAAGGUGUGGAGUACUUGAUUGAAAAAUAUCUCAGUCAAUACACUUUCUUCAGAGACUGGCUACCAAAGAAAGAAAUGAUUUCCGACAAUUCCUCUGACAUUAAAGGCGACAUAUACAUGAAGUUCUUUGGCAAUGAAAUGUACUAUGGUCAUUUCAAAGGCGUAGAUCCCAUCGCUUCUGUCAAGAACUUCAACUUUCUGGACUACCUCAGCAAGAUGUCCAAGAAGCAUGAUUACACUUUCACUCAGAGUAUGAUGAUCUUGGACAGCAGCAUGAUCAUCCCCACCAGCUCCGGACUCCCCCUAAAUCUCAGCGUCAAUGGAACAGGCACCAUCGACCUUCAGGCCUCAGGGGAAGUGGAUUUCCGAAACAUGAUGGCUUCACCAAGCAGUCUCCUCAUUGAUGGAAUCAUAAAGCCAAGUGGAUCCAUUAGGAUUGUUGGCACUAUGAGUAUGGAUGCCUUUGUCACCAAAACCGGUCUUAGAGUUGUCAACACAUGGCAUUCCAGCACUGCCUUGAAAGGGCGUGUUGAACUCAACCGAGGAAAGAUUCUUAGCGCCGACAUUGACUUUCCACAGGAGAAAAUGGAAAUUCUGGAUGUGAGCACAGAGUUCUUCAGCAUACAUGGCGAUCAGGAGAAGAAACAAGACUUGGUCUCAGGAAACAGGAAGAAGCUGGAACUGUGCACAGGAGCCAGGCUUGCCACCAUUACCGGCCUUGAGCUCUGUAAUGCGUUCCAGUGGCCUAAUGCUUCCAUGGUGGAUGAUGCUCCAUACUUCCCCUUCACAGGGCCCUUCUCCCAAAGCCUCGUUCUUUACAAGAGGGACACACACACUGGAUACAAGCUCAUGGCGAAACAAUCAGGGGCUAAGCAGAACACGUUUGUACAGUUUAUCCUGAACACACCUGGAUCAAGAACUGACCGCACCACUGACGUAUCAUUUUCUUUGAAGAAGAAAUCCAAAGAUUUUGAGAUGAAAGCAUUGACCCCUUGGACAAAAGCAAAUCUUAAAGGUUCAAUGACAUUUGAGAAGAAAAAUAUUGGCUUGCAAGGACAUUUGACUGUUGAUAAAUCAACAGAAUAUAUUGUCAUCAGUGAAGUUGGUAUAAAGAGAAAAAGAUCAUCUAUAACCUAUAUUCCUCGACUGGAGAUCAGACGUCCAAGUGCAAAGGUCAUCCUGCUCAGUGGAACAGUAGAGGUUGAAGCAAACAAGAAAGCCAGUGUUGAGUUAACGCUCAAAGGGUUAACAAAGAAUGCAGUGAGCUUUAAAUCCUCCUUGAUGAACUCUAAAAUUGAGAAGAGUCUAAAGGGUACCUUCAGCCUCGCACCAAAGCAGGACUACGUUCUCGAGGCUGGCUGGAUGUACCAGAAAAGUGGCAGGAAGAAGUCAGUCAUCAAGGUCAUCCCUACACUGAUGGUGAAGACCCCAAAACUUGAGCUUGUCUCACUCAAGGGGGAAUGGGAAUAUAAGGAGAGCAAAUCACUUCAGGGAGGAGUAACUUUGGAUGUUCACAAGCUUCUAAGAAAGCCAAUUACUCUUCAAUGUGAUAUGUACGAAAUAUCUGGUAAAAAGACAAAACACUCGGCAAAGGUAAUAGUGAGAUCUGAAUUCCUGGAUGCCAAGGUCACAGGCAAUAUGGAAGGUACGAAGAAAACAGUCAACCCUACCAUCAUCCUGGAGUAUAAACUUCCCAAAACCUAUAGCGGAUGGAACAACAAACAUACGUUCUGGUCAAAGCUUGCAGAUCACAACACAAAAAGUCGCUGGAAGUAUAUGUUCCAUAUGGGCUAUACGAACAAACAGCACCCAAAUCUGAACGUAUUUCUGAAAAGUGACCUCUCACACAGCACGAGACAUACCAAAGCAGAUGUCACAGUAAAGUAUGGGAUGAAGAUUGGAAACCCCGACAGACACAUCACGGGAUCUGCGUCAGUAGACCAUCAUUUGAACAAAAGGGCAAUGAAUAUCAAAUACAAACUCAAGACUGGGAUUGGUCCAAUGGAUGUCAGUUUCGACAUUCAAGGUAAAUACAAUUCAAACUCGCACACAAUGGGAUCUGAACUUGCAGCAAACUACAGGAAACAUACAGGUGGUUCCUUGAAGAAUGAAACAGUAUCUACUUCGGUUGAGUGUGGGUUCACCAGAAACGCAAAAGAGACCACGGCACUUGUUGUAAUCAAGACACCGCUUCACCAAUUGAAAUAUCUAAAUGCUGAAGUAAGCCUUGAUUAUGAGACAAAGAAGGCUUCUUUAGUUGGAUCAUUUUCCUCGGGACGUAAAGAAAAUAAGAUCACAUAUGCAGCUGAGUUAAAGAUGCCAUCAAAUACACAUACUGGGUUGGAAUUGUCAGCCAUUGGAGUAUUGUCAUCCCCAUCCAACGGUGACAGGGUGUAUGAAUUAUAUCUUCACCAUGUUGGAGGCAUUGUCGAUUUUAAAACGAAAGGAAGCAUAUCAUAUGAUGAGAGGAAACAAAUAAAAGGAGCAAUUUCAUUCUUAUACAACGACCUAGCUCACAUCGAUUUUGAGGGUGAGAUGACAACACCUUUCGAAGGAUAUGAAAACAACACUGUCAAGUAUCAGCAUUCAUUUGGCAAAUCUGAAGCUGCUUUGACUGCUGAAGCCAUUUAUGGUUUCAACCAAAGGGCUUUGUUCAGCUUCAGUCUUGCAAAUUUGACAAUCGUUAGACUAGCUAUAACACUGAAGACUACAGCUGGAAACAACGUAGUAUCGUUUACCUAUACUGGUCCUUUAAACAACAGUCAAAGCCAAACUGAAAUAAAAAUGUUUGGAUAUUCGAAUUUAGUGCAGAUUGUCUACAAACAUGGACAUAAAAUGAGAGUGCUAUUUACAUCGAAUAACAAGAGUAUGCAACUACUUAAGGUGUCUUUGAACUUUGAAAUAACCCCAACAACACUCAAUACCAGUGCUUUAUACACAUUGGAAGAUUCUACCUUUGAAGGUAUGGUUGUUGGUGUCAAAGAAGGAGACAGAACGAAAGUGGUUCUGAAAUUUAGAACACCAUUCCAAGAUUUACGUCAAACAGGACUAUCUUACCAACAUUACAAAGACUGGAGAAAUGUAUAUGCAACACUGCGUUACAUGGAUGCCAAAAAUAUAACAUUCAGCAUGACCAACAAUGUAACCAGACAGAGAUCACCCUCUGGUUACAAAAGGCGGUAUUGUGUAAGUUUGAUAGAACUCACGACACCAUUUAGAAAUUUUGAAAUAUUUUCAUAUCGUUUUGAUGGACUUGUUUUGAGAGACAAAGUGUAUGGGAAUACAACAUUCAUGUAUGGAAACCACAAGCAAAUUACAAUAGACUCUAUCUUGACUAAAAGAGAUCCAGUUGAUCCAUCGGUAACACUUCUUGUAAAAACCCCAUUUGAAAAAUAUAGAACAAGUAAAAUAGUAUUUAGUGGUCUCAGAAACGGAUCAUAUUACUAUGGGAAAAUGGACAUAAGAAUUGAUGACAUGGUGAUUACACUGUAUUCAACCGCUAAAAAGGACGGGAAAGAGGGGAAUAUGACCUUCCACACCAAUUUCCAUGGAUAUGAAUUUAUGGAAGGAACCUUUAAAAUUACAGAAGUUAAUCGAGUAUUUAAUGCCAUCAGCACUUUCAAGCUAAAUAAUGAAACAGUAGGAACUGAGUUUGUAUUUGCCUGGAAGGAUGAUUUUCAUACACAUCUGACAAUUUUUACUCCUGCUGAGAACUUCACAAACAUUGGGUUUACAUUUGAUCACACAACAGAAAGUAGAAAACAUUCAGUUGGAGAACUAGACAUUCGCUACAGAGACGACAAUGUCAUCACAUUUAGAUUUACGUUAUUUCCUCGAGUAAAUGAAAGCCGAUCAGUGAAAGCUGAACUGAUAACUCCAAUUACUGGUUAUGAAAGCCAACACAUUCUCUUUACUGGUCGUUGUAAGAGUUACAAGAUUUUCAAGAAUAAAAUAACGUUCGAAAACAGUAAAGGGGAACAACUGACUCUAAGUUCAGAUUUUGCUUUGGAUUCAUUUAUUGACAUAAAUUUAUAUUUCAAAUCUAAAGAAAAGAAGGGUCGAGAUCUUGUAAACCUUUCAUUUAGAAAUCCCUCCAUACGAAAUGUUACUCUCAAAGUUGAGACAAAGGUGCCUUUGGUAGGUUUUGGUUAUCGAGUUUUGAUUUAUCAUCACUUUAUUGUUGAUGGACGUCUUAAGGCUGCUCUUAAGUUAGAAAGUAAUGGGAGUAAAUACAUUGCUACUAAUAUUUAUAGUACAUUCAGCACAAACCAAUUCCAUGGAAGCGUAGUUAUUGACUCAGAUGUUUAUACUUUUCGCAACAUUACAGUUGUGGUCUCCAAAGAAGGAGUCUUAGAAAAUUUGAGAGCAAAAGGUUUAAUUAUGGUAUCUGAAUCGACAUAUGAGUCAUCACUCACACAUGUUCUGAUUCCUGGAAAACUACGAAAACUUAAUGGAGUAAUGGUGAUCAACUGCGACAGAAACAAUCCUGAAAGCAACGUUGAGCUCCAAGCAAAACUGAUGGACAGAAGCAGACAGUCUCUUUUGAACAAGGACCUGAUAUUGAAGCUUAUCCGUCCAUCCCGUACUGUUGGUAUCAUUGGAAAUGUCCUCAGUUCACAGCUCCAGACAAAGAGUCAUGGAGAAUUCAUUUGGAAUGAAGCGGCUGGUCACAAACUUUUCUAUGAUGUGAAUGUUAAGGACCGUAGCAAGACGUUUGAUAGCUCCCUCAAAGUGGGAUCCCCUCUGAGAAGUCUCCAAAUGGAUGGGUCUUACAGUCAGACAGGUUCAAGCCAAACUGUGGAUGGAGCCUUCUCCUGGGAUGCAGACAAAGAUGACACAAAGAAGAUUGCCAUGAAAGCAAUCUUCACACCGGAUGACAAAAACAACCAGGCAGAUCUCUCUCUCAGACUUCCUUCCAUUGGCAAGAACCUCCAGCUUGAGACGGCAAUGUUGCUGAAUGAUGGCAGGACUGUCUUCAAUGGAAAAACACAAGUGUCCUACUCCAGUGACUCCCGAAAGACCCUCACCCUCACAUCUCGAAUGGACGACAUUUCCUAUGGCUAUGGUAACACCAACUACAGUUUUGUGUUUGGCAUAAGCCACCCACACACAGAUAUGGACAUCCAACUUACAUCCCACAUCGGUAGCUCCAGUGAGAAAGUAUCUGCUGGAAUGGAUAUUGCCUACCUGACAGCAUGGAGAGAAAGAAAGAACUUUGCUGUCGAAGGAGAGUUGAACACAGCAAUGCAAAUGUUAAAGCUAAAAAUGCAGUGUCCAAUUAAGCAGUUGGAAGCCUCUGUUGAAAUGGGAGAGAACCCCUUCAAUAUAGUGAUCAACAACAGGACACUAGCCACUGGACUGAUAUCUUGGAAGGCGGUGGAGCUUGAAACGCGUUUUGAUCUAGAUAACCCUGGAACGAGUCUACACGGGGAUGCCAGAUAUGUGAACUCCAGAUAUGUACAGGCUGAGGUUUAUCAUCGGGAGGAUUCAAAUCCUGUAUCUGACAACAUAGUUGCCCUCAGACUCAACACAUCAUGUCUUCUCCAUGCCAGGAUAUCCUGGAGGCCACAGAUGAUCGCCGAUGUUCAGGCUUACUUGACUAAGAUAGUUGAAAGGAAUGGACAAAAUGCAAAGACCACUUUAGACUCUGUGUACGAGUCUAUAGGAGAGGAAUUGUCAGGCAAGUACCAUCGGAUUACACAAGCAACCAAGGAGGAACUGUUUCCCUACCUAAACCUACUGGAGUCAGAAAUGGCUAUCAUAGAGAAACAGCUGGACUCUAUCAGGAGGGAUAUCAGGAGCAUGUACAAACGUAAUGACUUCUACAUGGCAGACAUGGGAGACUAUUCUGAAUCGGCAGAGAAGAUGUACAAACACCUUGUAAAGACCUUUUUCAGAAGAUUCUUUCGAGGCACUAGAUCCAUGUCAGAACACCUACAGCAUGCCAACAACUGGAACGUGAAAGAGUUCUAUAACCACCUCUUGAACGACUGGGUUGUCCUUGCAAAGGAGAAAGUGGACACAACAGUUGAAGAUGCUGUAGAGAUCAUCUCAAGUUUAGAUGACAUGAUCCAAAACAUGUGGGACAUCUAUCAGCACCACUACAACAUUGUGCAGAUGAAAGCUACCACGACAGUAGACAAGAUCAUGGACCUACCACACAUCGUAGACAGCAAGCUUGAGAUAUCUAAUUCUAUAUCUCCCUACAUGGACCGCCUCUACAGUACCACAGUGAAGACGUACGGCAGCUUCAAGGAUUUGCUCAUGAAUUCGGGAGACAUGAUUAGUUCUCAUCUGAUAAAUGCUGAGCAACGAAGCGAUUUACAGAUGCUGUUCUCUUUCACUAACAAUAUAUAUCAAGAAGGCGAAUCCAUCCUGGAGGAGCACCUGCAGAAAAUCCCGAACCUAGUCAAUCGGGAGUUGACGAACUACACACGUGAUGCUCUCACAAUGUAUAACCCCCAAAUCACUGUCUGGGACCCAGAACAUGGAGAGAUCCAGAUAGAAUUAUGCCUGCCAAUACCCCUUCGGUCUCUGGACAGAUUACCCGAUGUCCAGCCGUAUGUCCAGAAUGCAAAAGCAACGGUCAGCAAAUACAUCCCAGACAGGACUUCUCUCAAGAGAUGGUACAAGAAAUAUUCGGCGUGGCGGUCUAAUAGAACAAAUGGACGUUGAACGUUUGAUACCAGUGGAUGGACAAGGAACUGAUGUGUAUCAACUUUGCUUCUGAAACCUUUUUUCACGCCUACUGCUCAAAGCAAAUGUUCUAUGUGAACAACAUAUAUUAUGCAAUCAUUCAUGUUGGUUCAAGACAAUCUUGUUUUUAUUUAGUUACGUUAUAUAUGUCAAAUGUGUUUAAUUGGUGAAAAGAAAUCUGGUAGAAUAGUGAUGUUUUCUAAUAUACACAGUAAAAAAAGUGUUGCACCCCCUAUACUUUUUCAUGGAGGGGUGUUUUGAAAGGGUGUAAAGAUAA